CACCUCUCCAACUCUCUCCGCAAUCCCCAACUCCCUUCUAGCCCUCCCCCAGAAAACGAAACAAAAAUCAACAAUGGACCCCGACACCUCCCCCCCGACCACCGACCAACCCCCUAUCUUCAACUACGUCCUCUCCUUCCUCCUCGUCGGCGUCGCAUGGGGCUUCACGACCCCUUUCAUCCGCCGCGCCGCUGCAGACUUCAACGCGCGCCAGGAGCUCCAUCAGCAGUCGCAAGACCCCUCCUCUUCGAACACCCAAGACCUAGACGAAACGGAAGAGCAGGAACUUCAGUCCCGACAGCAGAGACAUCGUGGGGAAGCGCACUCGGAGCAGGAGACGGAGCCGCUGCGCGAAGGUGCCGCGUCGGAAUCGGAAGAGGAUGAAUCGGAAGAUCAUCCACCUCCGGAGGCGCGUCCGGCGUGGAUGGAUCGGGACCAGGGAAGCCAGAACCAGAGCCGGGCUACGAGGCAGAAAUCAAGCUGGAUCAAGACGAAAGUGACCGCUAUCUUUUGGACCGUUGUCAAUCUGCUCCGGACUCCGGCGUAUGCCAUCCCCCUGGUUAUUAAUCUAACAGGGAGUGUGUGGUUUUUUCUGCUUGUUGGGAAACAUGAACUAUCUCUGACCGUGCCGUUGGCAAACUCGAGUGCCUUCCUCUUCACCGUGCUCGGGGAGUGGUAUGUUGAACGGAAGGUCAUUGAGAAGGAGACGUGGUUGGGCAUGGCACUUGUGCUGGGGGGAAUUGGUAUUUGUGUCAAGUCGAAGGGGUCUUGAUCAUACACUCU